CCUCCCUAUCUUGCCGGGCUUUGUGUAUAUAAAGUAGUGUGUCUGUGUGUGUGGUUGGAGAACAACACUUCCAAAUAAAAAGAGGAUUGGAUUCGGGUGUGGGGGGGAAUUCACUUGCUGGGAAAAAAAAAGGCAAAAAUACUGAGAAUCAUGUGCACAACUGAAGUGAGAGAGAGUGGAGCAGGUGAGAGAGAGUGGAGCAAGUGAGAGAGAGUGGAGCAAGUGAGAGAGAGUGGAGCAAGUGAGAGAGAGUGGAGCAAGUGAGAGAGAGUGGAGCAAGUGAGAGAGAGUGGAGCAAGUGAGAGAGAGUAGAGCAAGUGAGAGAGAGUAGAGCGAGGGGGAGAGAGAGCGAGGGGGAGCGAGCGAGAGAGAGAGAGCGAGCGAGAGAGACCGAGAGAGACAGUGUGAGAGUCGCUCCUGCCCUCUGUCUUUACACACUGCUGCCUGUGUGUGCGCCGUCUCUCCUUGCCUGCACUCUCUCACACACACACACUCACGCAGACGCACGCUCACACAGACCGAGGGAGAGAGCGGAUAGAGCGAGCAAGAGAGAGAGGAGGGAGAACACAUCGCAGCAGAGAUGCAGCAGGAGGUUUUCCGAGGUUUUGGGGGCCGGUCAUGGUGUCCUGGCUGGAGGUGUUGGACCCCCUCCACGCAGGCCUCUUCUUGCUACGCCUGAACGAGCAACGCCUGCCUGCCGGGCCCACCCUCUUCUGUGACGUCAACCUCAUCGCCACCAGCGACGCCAAGUUGGCCGCCUGCUGCCAGUACUUCCGCCAGCUGCUACUGCCGACGUCUUCCCCACCGCCUACGACUCCUGUAUUAGGCAGCAGCUACCCGCCAUCUACCCCCUCUUCCAGGCUAAUCCAGGGGGCUGAGCUGGACCUGCCUAACUUCCAGUCCAGUGUGCUGUCCAACCUGCUUGACUUCAUCUACUCCUCCCGUGUUGCCCGCCAGGGCUCCAAGGGGACCAGGCGUCUGUCGGAGGCGGGCCUCAGCCUUAGGGUGCCCAUCUUGACCAAUCUGGUUGAGGAAGAAGAGGAGGCGGAACCAGGGCAGAUGAAGGGUAAAAGCAGGCAGUGCCGAGGAGGGGAAGCCAUGAUGGAGGGGCUGAUGAAUGAUGAGGCAGACGGCCCCGAGAACGCUAAGAUCACCCUCAGCUUCCCCCUCAGCGCCGCCCUGCCCGCCGCCCUCACCGUUCACAACCACCGCCCCUCCUCAGCCACAUCCUACCCCCGCCGCCGACAUCCCUUCUCGGGCUCCAAGGCGUCCAACGAGGGGUCAGCGUGGAAACUGGAUGCCACCACCACAGACAAACGGCGGCCCUUUAACCCCCCCCAGCGGGACAGCUCCCCGUCCUCUUCCUCCGCCUCCUCUUCCCCUUCCUCCUCUUCCUCUCCUAUGGAUCUUACCGCACUGGUCAAAAAGGACAUCAAAUCCCUCCCACCUCUUUUCAAAGCCGGUCUGGACUCCCAGUUCCACAGGUUCCCCCCCAGGUCCUCCAAUGGACCUUUAAGUGGUUACCCAGGGGAGGGUCACAGACUGACCAAUGGCACGGCCUCACCCUCAAAGACUGCACAGAUCCUGUUCAACCUGAGCACCGUGGCCUAUCGGGGCCAGGGGGGGCGGGGCACAGACAGAAAGGAGAAAACAGGGAAAAAAGGUGGGAGGGUGGGCAGCCCCCAAGUUGGAACAAACCUACGCCCGCCCAACCUCCACCUUUCUCCUCCUCUUCCUCACCCCUCUGAGUCUUUCACUCUUCCUCCUCACUCCUGCUCCACCCCCCUAGAUGGCCCCAAGCCGGAGCUGAUAUGCGGGGUGUGCCACCGCCUCUUCAGCUCCGCCUUGUCUCUCACGGCCCACAUGCGGCUGCACCGUGGAGGCCGGGCCCUCAGCUGCCAGCACUGUGGCAAAGCCUUCAUACACAACAAGAGACUGCAGUCCCACGAGGCCUCCUGCACGCACGCUCUGAACCCGGCCCUCCCAUCUAGCAUCCCCCUUCUCCCCAUCCUGGCCAAAGAGGAGCCCCUGGAGGAAGGGGAGGUUAGGGUGGAGGGAGGACAGAUUGUGGGGGCAAGUGAAGAGGAUAUGAAGCCUGGCAAAGGGAAAAAAGGGCGAGGUCUCCUGGUUCGGCAUGAAGGCGACGUGUCAGAGCUGGUGGGGGAUGAGGACCACUUUGUCAAGGUGGUGGACGGCCACGUCAUCUACUUCUGCUCGGUGUGCGAGCGCUCCUACAUGACCCUGUCCAGCCUCAAGCGUCACUCCAACGUGCACUCGUGGCGCCGCAAGUACCCCUGCCACUUCUGCGACAAGGUGUUCGCCCUGGCCGAGUAUCGCACCAAGCACGAGGUGUGGCACACGGGCGAGCGACGCUACCAGUGCAUCUUCUGCUGGGAGGCCUUCGCAACGUACUACAACCUGAAGACCCACCAGAAGGCUUUCCACGGCAUCAGCCCGGGCCUCAUCUCCAGCGAAAAGACAGUCAACGGCGGUUACAAGCAGAAGGUCAACGCCCUCAAGUUCUACCGCCUGCUCCCCAUGCGUUCCCAGAAGAGACCCUACAAGACCUACAGUGACUCCCUGGCCAACAGCCUGCUGCUGCCCCCGUCUGACCCCUCUGCCGUCCCCUUGCCUCAGCCCCUGGACUGCAGCCUGCCCGGCUCCCUGGACCUUCACAGCCUCAUCAGUUGCUCUCUACCCAAGGGUGUGAAGCCUGACCCUGACGAGUUCCCUGCCGGCUUCCCCCUUUCAGUGGGCCUAGAGCAGGGAGAGAUCCCCACACUGCCCCCCUCCCUAAUAGGUAUGUCCUUAGGGAGAGUAGCUGACAGAGAGGCAGAGUCAGAGCAGGUAGAUAGCUGUGGCUCCAAGGCAUCUGUUCAUAACAAAGUCAAAACUCCAAAGGUCAGCGGUAGCCCAGAGUUGGGUUUGUCCUCUGUCAUCACUUACGGCCACUCCAAGCCCUCCGUCAUAGUGCAUGGCACAGUGGCGCCAUCCGUCAUUGUCCAUAGCAACCAGGUCACCUCUGGGGCCGGGAAAGGCCCCCUGAGCAGCUCCUCCCCUGAAGUUAGCAACAGCCAGACACUCCCCAAGGUCAGUGCAAAGCCUGUUAAAAUUCACAGGGAAAGUAUGGAGAGCCAUAGGAAGAGAGCUAAAUUAGUGGACAGUUCAGAUGCCACAGAGGAAGGGGAGAGGAGAUCAGAAACAGGUAGGUCCCAUCAUAAGUCCCGCAAGGGGCACAGCAAGAGUGACAGCUCCUCAGCCAAACAGUUGUCCACAGGGUCAGAGGGCAAAGGGGCUGGGCCGCUGUGCCAGAUCACGGUGCGGAUAGGCGAGGAGGCCAUGGUCAAACGCAGCAUCUCCGAGACGGACCUCAAGAGGGACAGGAGCCCCCCUCCUUCCAGAGCCAAAAGGACGGACUCCUCCCCACAUGACUCCAAGGAACCUCGCCACUCCCACCACCACCACCACAAACAUCGCUCCCAUCGCAGCUCUAGCGUCGAAGCUGAGGGGGAGAGAGGAGGAGAUGGAGAGAGAGAAAAUGGAGAGGGGGACAGCCGGAAGAAAAGCCCCAAAGCCACGGGCAAGGUCAGAGAGUACUACUUCCGCCAGGAGGUGCGCAAGCAGGGGGAGAGUGAGGACGAUGAGGACAACCUCUGGAGGCCCUACUACUCAUACAAGCCCAAGAGGAAGGCCCCUCAUGCCCACAAAACAAAGAACUGGCAACGCAAACUCCAUUACAAACGCUCCCUCCGGCUAAUGAGGAGGGCAGAGAGACUCAUGGACCAUGUGAAUAAGGAGGACCAAGAGGAGGAGGAUGGAAAGAUGGAUGAGGUGGAGCAGGAAGUGGGGGAGGUGAAAGAUCACAUGGAGCAGGAGGAGGGAGAGGCACCUGAAUUGUUCAGUACUUCCUCUAUACCUUCAAAAGAGAAGGACAAAGAGGGGGAUGAAGAAAUCGGGGAAGCCCACCUUAAGCCCGCUGAUCCUCCCCUGGUCUCUCCCCAGCCCCCAUUGUCUACCUCAGUCCCCCCUAUGGACACAAAAUGCCGGCCCUGGUCCGAUGGGAGUGCGUCGGAGUGCGAUACGUGCGGCCGCUGGUUCUCCAGUUCCAGGAAGCGGGAUAAACACGAGCUUAGCCACCUGCUGGAGUUUGUGUGCCUCCUCUGUAGGGCCCCCUUCCCUUCCAGGGACCAACUAGAGGACCACCAGAGAUCCCAGCACCCCAAAGCCCCCAACCCCUCGUCUGUGCCAUCCCGAGCGGGGUGUCUGUCACGAGAUGAGGGCAUGGAGACAGAGACUGAGUUAACAGAGGUAGACAGGGCGAGAGAAAGGGUUAUACUAGGGAAGGGAAGUCCAAGUCGCCUAAGCAGGAGGUCGUUGGCGAGACACACCUGUCCGCAGUGCCAUAAGGUGUGCAAGACAUCCUCAGCGCUAAACCGCCACGUGAGGCGACACGAGUUAAGCAGCUCCCCGGAGAGAGAAAAGGAGGAGACGCAGACAGAGUCAAAAACAGCAGCAGCAGCAGAGACAACAGUUAGCACUGUUAGCAAAGACGUAGAUACCACAAGUGACCAUGUUCCCGUUGUUCACUCUGUCCCAGUUAUCAGCUACCCUAUCCCAGAGACACAGCAUAGUAGCGAGGCCAUAGAGCCGCUGCAGUGCGCGAGCCAGCCUAGCGAGGUGAAAGCAGAGCACCAAACUCCAACACUGUGCAGCGGCCUUGAACUCAAAGAACUUAAUGAACUCACAACUCCCAUUCCUGACAGAGAGCCCAGUCCUCAGAUUAUUCAGCCCCCUCCAGAGAUCCCCACAGCCGACCGGCCGACACCAUCUCCCUCUCUCUGCUGCUCCUCGGCCCUCCAGGGUGUGCUGGUCAUGAGCAGCGGAGCUGAAUGUCUGGACUACCGGACCCCCAGGAAGAGGAGUCUGGAGGGUCAGAACCACAGGAGGACCAGCCCUGCACCUGUCACUUCUCCAAAUAUGCCCCCGACCUUGCAGAUGAGAAUCAGCCAUACUGCUGCUCCUCUGUCCGUUGCCAUGACGACACUGCCCCUCCAAGGGGUCUGUGGUGUGAAGCAGGAGGGGGAUAUUGUGGGAAAAGGACUGAGGGAGGGAUGUGGGAUGGGCCUCCUCCAUCAUGCUGGUUUUAAGAACUCACCAGUGGCCCAAGAUCUCAGGGUCCCACCCUUGUCCAGGAGCCCCAGUCCCAACCAAGCACAAGACCUGACCAUGUCCUCGAUUCUAGCCAGGGAGAGGGAGGUGGAGAGGGAAAGGCAGAGAGAAUGGGAGAGGGAGAUGAAGAGAGAGCUGGAAAGGGAACAGGAUAUGGAGAGAGAGUUGGAAAGGGGGAGGCAGAGGGAAAGGGAUAUGGACAGAGAGAUAGAAAGGAGGAAGCAGAGGGAGAGGGAUAUGGACAGAGAGCUGGGAAGGAGGAAGCAGAGGGAGAGGGAGAUGGACAGAGAGCUGGGAAGGGAGAGGCAGAGAGAAAGGGAGAUGGAGAGGGCUCAGCAGUCAAGGGGAGCAUCACUACAGGAGCAGCCCAGAGACAUGGAGGGGACCCUCCUGGUACCCAAAGAGGAGCCGAUUAGUCCCGCACCAUCCCCGAUACACACACCAAUUCAAACUACUAUUAACAGCCCACCCUUGCAGAGGCGGCCCUCCAAGUCUCCCCGCCGCUUCCCCACUGCCAUGGACCUACUGAUACAGGCCAACCGACAGGGCACACAGGGUCUCGAGAGGUUUCAGUUGCCCCCUGGGUCGGUUAGUGGCAGCGACCGCCCUUCUGCCCAUGCCCUGCUGCUCCCCCGGGCCCCCCCACCGUCCGAGGAAGAGCCCCUGGACCACUCCCCAGCGCCAUCGAGAGACCCUCACAGAGGGGAGGUCACUGCCAGGGGAUACCCCAUGCAGGACUACCCGCUGCCCCUCAUCGUCCAGGGUGGCUACCGCUCUGGCAAGAAGCAGGAGGACAACCUGCUCAUGUCCUACCCGACGGGGCCACUCGCCUUCGGGCCGCUGGGGAAGAUGGUGCCUACCGGGGAUCUUGCCAAACUGCCAUUCUACCCCGACCCCUACCACCUGCUUUACGGGCCGCAGCUGCUGGCCUACCCCUACAACCUGGCCACCCUGCCCAUGGCUUUGAACAUGAUGGCCCCCGGGGGGGAGAAGGUGGAGCCGUUGCCCUUCCUCCCUGCCCUCUUCAACUACGCUGCUGCAGCUGGUCCCUACGCUGGCAUGGCGCCACACCACCUAGUGGGUAACCCCAGCCUCUACAACAGCAGCGGCGGUAGCAGCAAGAAACAGCGGGACAACAGCAGCGGAAAGUUGUAGAAGGUGUAUAAAGAAACGACAUCUGAGGAAUAUUUCAAAGCGGACGACCAGUCCCUGUAGUGGAGAAGGAAGGGUGCCAUCGGCUCCUUUGUAGUGAGUACACUUGCACAGUCCCCUGCCUCUCUUUUGUAAAGUAGCGAUCAGAGCCAAAGCGUUGAAUCAGGAGGAGGGAUGAUGGGAAGUGGGGGAGUGAAGUAAGAGGAGGAGAGAAAAAAGACAGAUCCAUCAUUAGAGACGGAUAUCCCCCUCUCCUUUCCUCUGGCUCUCCCCAUUCACCUCUGGUUUCUGUUCUCACGUCUUUCAGUAGUAAUAGUUCUAGAGCUUGAUUAAUUGUCCUCUCAAACUUGUUAUGACAAUAUCUAUAAUAUAAGAAUAACAACAGCUAACAGGGUGUGUUUUGCGAAUCAUUUGUUUCGGUCCGCUUCCCAUUCUGUUGACCGCAUAAUAAAUACGGGGGAGGCUUUGUUUUAGGGACAGAAGGGAUCAGCCAAAAAGGACAUCAUUCGACACAGUGGUAGUCGGAGCAUUAAAAUACACUGUGUGAGUGUGUGAUAUGUGUGAUUGCUUUAGUAAACUUGUGCUCCAAGUGUCUGUGAGAGCUUUAUAUGAGCAGGUAACAUGCACAGUAUGUAGGAAUUCUGUUUGUGCACGCUGAGGUGGGAUUUUGCUUGUUUGGUGUGGAUGUGUGUGUGGAUGUGUGUGUGGAUGUGUGUGUGUGGCUGUAUGGCUGCCAUCUGAGUGCUGAUCGUUACAUGGGGUUCUGAGGUGUUAGCAACAUUCUAACACUAGAUGGACUAGGCAUUAUAGGUCAGUGCAUAGAAGCAUUCGAAGGAAUUCCUCUAUUUCCAGUUCACAAAGCAGCAACUCUAGCGAACCUUUUGCCUGGAGUAGAAUCUGUAUUUGCGUCAAUUACCGAUCUUGUGAGCUUAUGUUGCCUCUAGUAACCAUAGUGGCCAGAUGACUGUCAGUCCAGGUCACUAACCUAAGACCAUAGUGGCCAGAUGACUGUCAGUCCGGGUCACUAACCUAAGACCAUAGUGGCUAGAUGACUUUCAGUCCAGGUCACUAACAUAAGACCAUAGUGUCCAGAUGACUGUCAGUCCAGGUCACUAACCUAAGACCAUAGUGGCCAGAUGACUGUCAGUCCAGGUCACUAACCUAAGACCAUAGUGGCCAGAUGACUUUCAGUCCAGGUCACUAACCUAAGACCAUAGUGGCUAGAUGACUUUCAGUCCAGGUCACUAACCUAAAACCAUAGUGGCCAGAUGACUGUCAGUCCGAGUCACUAACCUAAGACCAUAGUGGCCAGAUGACUUUCAGUCCGGGUCACUAACCUAAGACCAUAGUGGCCAGAUGACUGUCAGUCCGGGUCACUAACCUAAGACCAUAGUGGCCAGAUGACUGUCAGUCCGGGUCACUAACCUAAGACCAUAGUGGCCAGAUGACUGUCAGUCCGAGUCACUAACCUAAGACCAUAGUGGCCAGAUGACUUUCAGUCCGAGUCACUAACCUAAGACCAUAGUGGCCAGAUGACUUUCAGUCCGAGUCACUAACCUAAGACCAUAGUGGCCAGAUGACUGUCAGUCCGGGUCACUAACCUAAGACCAUAGUGGCCAGAUGACUUUCAGUCCAGGUCUGCUUCGAGGUUCAUGUUAGUUUUUACCUUGUGUAUAACAGCUGGAAAACAUUCCUAGAAAAGGGCGGGGAAGACGUGACACUUGUAGCUGUUAUGUACGUGUUCUGUAGCUGGCCACUGGGUGACAAUCAUAGGCUAGUGUAGACCAUACACUUCCAGUUCUCCUUGUACUCAUCUCAUUUCUUCCAAGGAUUGAAAAUAAUACAAGAAUCAGUCAACCUUUUUAUUCUUGUGGCCUUUUUCCUCCCCCUGAUGCCCCCUGGUGUCCACCAAAGACCCACUCUAUUUGCUAGGCCGUGUUGAAGAGAGGGGGAGUGUACAAGGAAAUACAUAGAGAUGGAAUCAGGGUAGGGCAAUUCCUGUGAUCCUAAGAGAGAUUAAAAGAGAAACACAGAGGCCAGGGCGCACCUAGGUCAGUACCCUCAACGGAGCUUCCUACAUCUUGAUGUAGAAUCAAAAAGACCCCUCCCCCUCUACUGUAAGGAGAUAGAAAAGGACAAGGCGAAUGGAGUCGGAAGACGCAGUAAGAUCACGCCACACUGAGGUCUGCUUGUCUCAGACAGCUUUUUGUGUUCCAAUAGCUCCUCUCCUCCCUCCUUCUGCGCUCUGGGGUAGAGAAGCGAGAGGUGACGUAAUCGUCUCCCACAGAGCUGGUGUUGAACGGCCGGGCUUAGCAGCAUCCACUGUGCCGCUCUGAGUUUCCCAGAAUCCUGUGGGACUUUUUCCUGUUCUAAGUCUUUCUCUGUGUGAUUUAUCUGUUACACUACAUUUUUUGAUUUGUUUAACUUUUUCUACCCCCUUUUGCUAGCUAGACAAACGUGGAUUCAGCAAAAGGGGGUUUGAGUACACUUAUAAAUAUGAAUGUAAUUUUAGUCAAGAGGUUAUUGAAGUACAAAAUGCAUUAAAGGUAGAUGGAUUUCAGUUUUUCUGACUUGAAAAAUAACAUGUGUAAAGAGCCGUUAUGAAGUCUGGUAUGCAUAUAUACUGUACAGUCCUAGGAAAGUCAAGAAACUUGGGUUCUGUAUCCACUAAAGCAUGAGCAACACUCGCUUCCUAACAGUUUAUAUCCUCCUAGGUAUCCAAAAUCACUCACUUUCUCUUCCCCAUAACUUUGUUUCUUUUUUCCUUCCACAUCCUGUCCUUUUCCCCCAUUAUCUCAACUCUCAAUCUCGGUUUUGUCUCGGUUGUAUUUGUUCCGGAGUAUAACCCCUUCAAAAAGAGCAGCUGCCACGUUUAUUUCUCAGAAUCAGUAUGGGAGCUGUCCAAUUAUCCCCCUUCCUCCCCAAACAAACACACACUUUACAACACCUCUUUGAAGUGUGUAAUGGGUAUGUGUGUAUGAUGCCACCGCUGCGCUGUUAGUUUCGGGCAGGAGGACGAAAACACAGCGUGACCAACCGCAGGGGCUUGCGGCCUCCACUUGGGUGUGGUUACAAGCCUUUUGUGUGUGUGUGUGUGUGUGUGUGUGUGUGUGUGUGUGUGUGUGUGUGUGUGUGUGUGUGUGUGUGUGUGUGUGUGUGUGUGCGCGCGCAUCUCUGUGUGUGUGUGUGUGUGUGUCUGUGAAAAAGGAAAACCAAAACAAAUCUGCUUCUAUGCAGCAUAUCCCUCGGGGUAUAGGGACCUCCUGUAUUUUUUUUGUUGCCUUUUUCAGUGGUUUUGUUCCAGAGCCCCCCCCUACCCAGCUGUAAAGACUCUCUCCAUACUAUACCUAUCGGAGGCCAUUUCACUAUAUGGACAUAUUUGUGUUUUGUGAAAAACAUUUCUUAUGCCAUAGUUUUGCCAUCAUGGCAAUCAAUCAUUGACCAAAGGCCUGCAAAUAGACAUAAAGAUUGAAUUCUGGUGAUGAUAUACACAUUUACGGUAUGGUUAGUAAGUUCAAAUGAAUUGUGCCUCCGCUUUGAUAUAUUUAAACGUAGCUGUAUUGAAAUGGUGAGGAUCUUCCAGAUUUCAGACAAGGUGCCUUUUUAUGGCAUAAGAAAUGUAAAUGGUAUAUGGCUGAAUUGAUCAAAAUGGCAAAUAACUUGAAGAAAAACCAUGUGGUUUAGUGUGCUAUGAAGCUGGUCAUAGUUCUAGGGGUGUGGCUAAACAGUUUGGUAUUGUGUAUGUUUAGGUAAAUACUGUGCCAUAGUUUUUAGAGUCCACAAAUACGUUAUCGUUUUCUUUCUUCUUCAAAUAUAAAAUGUUUUAAUGUUGCCUGAUAACGUUGUCUCUGGAUUUGAUACAAAGGCUUGUAGCCACAGCUUUCCCAAAGUCCCUUGUUUGUUUACUUCCAUGUUUCUUUAACUCUUUCCUCUUAUUCUCCUCUCUCCUCUUCGCUACAAUCAAACAAAUAAAGUAUUAACCUGAUGACCCAACAGAAAGAAA